UACGGUAUUAUCACAAACGGAUAGAUGGAGUUAUAGAAUAUACUAAUAUAGAGAUAUAUACUCCUCCCUUCGCUGGAUAUUUUUCUUUCACUUUUCAUUAACGGAAAAAAACUAACACCGUUUUACCGUCGAAAACCCAUGGCGACGGCGAAUAAUCCCGUUACCGAUUCCGAGUACGAGUCCGACUCGGACUCAGCCGUUAGGCCCGCUUCUGACGUCACCACCAGCUCUACUACCCCUUCUUCAAACGCCGUCGUUUCCGCUUCCCCUCCGUUCACUGCUCCCACCGUUUGCCUCCUCCGCUUCGCCGCAGACUCCGCCAGUGGUGCAUUGUUGGGCUCCAUCUUUGGCUAUGGUUCUGGAUUGGUUAAGAAGAAAGGGUUUAAAGGAUCCUUUGCAGAAGCUGGAUCUUUUGCAAAGACAUUUGCAGCUUUGUCUGGUGUUCAUAGUUUGGUUGUGUGUAUCUUGAAGCAACUUCGUGGAAAGGAUGAUGUCAUUAAUGCUGGGGUAGCUGGAUGUUGCACUGGCCUUGCUCUAAGUUUUCCAGGUGCACCACAAGCUCUUUUGCAGAGCUGCGUCACUUUUGGGGCAUUUUCUUUUAUCCUCGAAGGGCUAAACAAGCAGCAACCGGCAAUAGCUUUUCCCAUUUCAACGAAAUCAAGCACACAAAACAAUAUACGUUCUCCAUUGUCACUCCACCUUCAGUUUCCUCUUCCAGAUGAAAUGAGGAGUGCCUUCUCCAAUUUCUAUGAAUCUCUUAGAAAACACGGAAAAGGACUGCAUCAUGGUUGUAUCUUGUACUUCAUUUAUGCUUGGUUGACUCAGUGCAUAUGCUGACUCAAAUGUUGGCGCCAUGAUUGAGUUAGAAAGUUUUGUGUAGGAAGGUCUGCCAUCAUUUGUAGGCAAUGAUGCCGUUUGUGUUUUAUUUGUAAUUGUAAUUUGUACUAUCUUUUAGCAGUCAAAAUUUCCAGGUGUUUUUGCCUUUAAUAUGGUUGAUCAAA